AUGCACAUUCAAAGGUACUUUUUGCCGGACUUGGUGUGGGACAAAGGACAUAUAUGUGCAUUGCUUGUUUCCUCUGGAAGUGGGGAUCUUACAAACCCUCACCACACAUCGCCCCCUCUGCUAAGCACCUGGAUGAUAGCAGCUGAAGAAUUUCGAGAACAAUGCCAACAAGAGCUGUUACCCUUGAUAAAUCGCUGGCAUAUGUGCCAGCAGGCUUGCUGGAGUCAGACUCUGCAUUGCCUUGAUCUUGUGCUGUUCCUUUGCAAAGGGCGGCGCAGAGCGCCGCCCUUUGCGAAGUUGGACGUUCGAAUCAGCUAUAACCAAGUAUAUCGCACACCACAACUGCAAUUUCGUUUUUGGGAAUUAGACACAAGUACCGCAGAGUUUGAAUCAUGGCGACUACGUUUCAAAGAUCUCUCGGAGAUUCCCCUGUUUAAUAGGGCUAGUUUCUCGAUAACUUUAGGACAAACCAUCCAUGGAAACCGCACGGAGGCCUGGUAUCUCGUAAACGCCUGUGACACAGAGGAUAACGUGGGCCCAGAACCAGUACACUACAUGCACAGAUGGUUUUCCCGCUAUGGAACGCUCUUUGACGACCAGUUAGGCGUCCUCUUUGUUGCUUCUCUUUAA